AUGCCUGUUCUCAAUGGAACACUGCACCUUAUCCACCAGGAAGAUAAUUCGCUGAGAUUUGAAAAUUUUGAACAAACGCUAGGCAAGGAGAUAUUCUGGAUGAAUCUUCGUGUUCGCAAGUACAACCGAACCAUGCCUGUUCUAAAUGGAACCAUGGAUCUUUAUCGUAUGGUAGACAAUUCGGUAGUGUUUAGUCUGGAUCUGUUCCAUAGUCGGUUGGGCAACCAGCAGUUUAACCAUUAUCCAAUGAAGCUGCCGACCCAGGGUUUGUGUAAUAUGCUGGAUCAUUUGUACGACAAUUUUCCCGAAUACACAGUAUGGAUAGUUAAUCUCCCAGCGCAGAAUGAGUGUCCCGUUACCGAGCGCCAGAUGCACGUCAUCGAUCGACCGUGUCCCGCUGACGCUUUGCCUCCGAUCCUUCCGACUGUAAUCGCGUCUAACAUGAUGUACGAAACCGCUGGACAAACGCUAGGCAAGGAGUAUUUGUGGUUUAAUUUCCGUGUUAGAAAAUAUAACAGUACUCUUGCUGUGCUAAACGGAACCGUGCACCUUAUGCACCAGCACGACAAUACGCUGAGAUUUAGCUUCGAUCUGUUUCAUAGCCGGCUGGGUAACCAGCAGUUCAACCACUACCCGAUGAAGCUGCCGACUCAGGGUUUGUGUGACUUGAUGAAUACCCUUUACGAAAAUUUUCCAGAACAGUUAGCAAAAUUAAAGAAUGUUCCGGCCAAAGAUGAGUGUCCGAUCAGUGCGCGGCAGUUUCACCUUAAGGAUGAUCCGAUACCAGCCGAUCUCUUUCCUCCUGUUUUUCCAAGAGGCUUAUGGAAGGGUGUGAUUCAUGCAUGGCUGAACGACACCGAGGUAGUCAGUUUCUACAUAGUUUGGAGUAUACAAGAUUGGUUGUAAUGAAAGUUAGAUUAUUUGGUA